UCGUCGUUUUGAUUCAUUCAAAGUUCUUCGUCCUCUGUUCCGCGCUGUUUUCUGGUGAGUGUUGAUUUCAAUGGAUGUCUUAGCGAAUCCAGGUCCACUUAAGGACAUUGUGCUUUAUGAUCAAGAGAAACAUGUUUCCUCUGCUGUUUGGGAUGGCCAGGAGCGAGGUGCGUUGAGGUGUCAUGAGCAUACUUCAAAGUUGGGUGAGUGGAAGCUUAAACCAAAGCAGAUAGAAUUGGUGGAGAGAGCUGGUUUUGGGUUUUUGAGACGGAUCCCUGCUAUUAGUCUUGAUAACCCUCUUAUCUCUGCGUUGGUCGAGCGAUGGAGGAGAGAAACCAACACUUUUCAUUUCACUAUUGGGGAAAUGACUGUGACUCUUGAGGACAUUGCCUUGUUACUGGGAUUGGGGAUUGAUGGUAAACCUGUCAUUGGAGUGACGUAUACAACUUGUUCUGCGAUAUGUGAGAGGUACUUAGGGGAGGCACCAGCAUCUAAUUACGCUAGUGGUGGGAUGGUUAAGCUUAGCUGGUUGAAAGAGAAGUUCUCUGAAUGUGAAGUUGAUGCAUCUUUUGAAAAAGUUGAGCGCUGUACACGGGCUUACCUCUUGUACUUAGUAGGGAGCACCAUCUUCUCUACUACCACUGGAAACAAGGUGCCUGUUAUGUAUCUUCCGCUGUUUGAGGAUUUUGAUGAUGCGGGAACAUUUGCUUGGGGUGCAGCUGCUUUGGCUUUCUUGUAUAGAGCACUUGGCAAUGCUUCUGUUAAAUCCCAAAGCACGAUAUGUGGUUGCUUGACGCUAUUACAGUGUUGGAGUUACUAUCACUUAAACAUUGGCCGGCCAAAGCUGAAUCGCGAGCCCAUCCAUGAUCAUUUCCCAUUUGUGCUUAGGUGGAAGGGGAAGCAAAAUGGUCCAACAGCAAACCGUGAUGUGGUCUUUUACCGGAAAGCGUUGGACGUCUUGAAGCCAUGUGAGGUGGAGUGGCUUCCGUAUGAAAAUAUGGAUGGUAGAUUCAUACCGGAUCAUAUUAGAAACUCUCUGCAGUUGGGUAGAUCGAAAACAAUGCUGAUAUCUUUUGACAAGGCGGAGAGACAUCUGCCUGAUCGCUGUCUCAAACAAUUUGGCUUGUUUCAAGACAUCCCAGCAGAUGUGCAAAGGUGGGUAAGAAAGUCCCGUGGCGUUGAUGGAGGGGUUGACCUGUCGGUUAAAAUGGAAUCAGAGUUGAGUGAAUGGGAAAUGCGGUGGGAAAACAUUGUGCCUGAUGAUGUUCUAGGUGUUGAUGAAGCAGACUACAUGAGGUGGUAUCUGGGAAUUACCCGAAAAAUUGUGGGAAGGCCCAUCUCUCUCUCAAGCGAGUUUCAAAGAACGAUUUCAAAUGUGAGGGAUAUAUUGGAGUUGGCUGAGAAUUUUCAAAUACAUGAUUUGGACCUUGAAAGAGGCAACAUGAUUUCACGGAUUAUAGGCCUUGCGCAAGAUUGCCUGAGAGAUCAAGUUGGAGUAACGGCUACAACAGAAAGCCAGCAGCAGAUCGAACUUGGGAAAAGAAUGCGCGGUAAAGAGAGGGUGAGAAGGAAGGGGAUGGGAAAGAGAAGAAAAGGUAUCGAUCCAAUGGAAGACUAUGGAGGUAGUGAAGAUGAAUCUCAGUUUGGACCUUUGGUUGAGGUUGGUCAGAUGCAUUUACCGCUUAGUCAUACAAAUUCGGUUUACGAUGGAACACAUAUGUACGAUGCUGUCACCAAAGUUGAUGACAUGGAGCUUUGCGACACCAUCCCUCAAUUGCCCGAGACUCAAGACAUCCACAAGAUUGAAGGGUCAUUGCUAGACGACACAGACAAGUCUAUUGAGGACAGUAAGUUACAAGAAGAAAUUGGAGUAACUAAUGUUCUGAGUGGCGAGGAGCCAACUGAGAGCUAUGAUGUGAAGAAAGAAGAUAAAGAAUCAAAGGCUGAAGAUGAUGAUGCAACAAAGGGCUUUAGUGAUGUGAGCGGUGAAGAAAACGCGAACAGAGAGGAAGAAGAUGGAACAGAGAUAGGAGAAAGUGUUGCAGAGUCGUCUUCUCUUGAAAGAAGAGGAGAGAACACUGUGUUGGCUUGAAACCAGUUGGUUUUCUUCUCAUCUGAUUAACCAAUGUGAAUUUCUGCCUCUUCUUUUCAAUGAGAGUUAUAAUAUACAUCAAGGCAAAUC